AAUACCCAAUUCUGACGUAUUCGCACCAUUGGAAUGUUCGCCAGCUAAUUCCGUUUACGUAAUCGUCCUACAAGUUGUGAAGUCUUGAGCUUUAGGUGACCGAAGUGCCACUGCUGAAUAAUACAAGUGGGGCAGAUUUUUCACUCAAGAGAGGCCAUUGUCAGUUUGUGGUUUUACGAUAUUUAGAACACUUGUAGUAGAGUAUUCAUGAUCGCGUGUAGCAUGUGUAGUAGUGAAGUGACGAAGACUGGGCUGAAAUAGCGCUUUAACUAAAAAGAAGUUUAAGAAGUUUCAGUCAUAUCUUUCAGCUGUAUCUAAAUACCCGUUAGCCAUUGGUCACUUCUGCUCCCAGUCUGUGGUAGGCUAAAAUAAUAGCAGACGACAGGAGUGCUAACCAAUCGUCAAUGAGUGUUAUAUGGUCGACUAGAGAUGUGUAUCAAACUAUAAGGAUUAUUACCAGAUAUUCAUGUAUUUCUUAGUCACAGUGAAAUAACAAUAUCAAGUAUUCAUAAGACAAAAAGUUUGCUUUUCCAUUUUUGAAUAUUUGGAUUUCGUGUGGAUUAUUACAUCUUAAUUCAAGAAUACUAUUUCAUAGAUCUUAGCAAAGAUGUGAAAAUUUCUAUCAGUUACUAUCGAAGGGUAUAUCAAAAACAGACUUUGUAAGAGAUAUGUUCCUAAAAGACUGUACUGUUAAUCUCAUGGGAUAAGCUACUGCAGAGGUGUAUGUUUGUGGGACGAUGCCAAGGAAAACUUAACCAUGAUCUGUCUUGGAAUACGAUUCUUUAUUUUGACAUUGAUAUUCUGGCUAUCAUCGGCAGAUCAUUGGUCGAACUGGACGAGCUGGAGCGCGUGCUCAAGAACGUGUGACGGAGGUGCCACUUAUCAACUGAGAAAAUGUAUGAGAAGUUAUAAAUCACAUGGCGGAUGUAAGGGAGAUAAUAUUCAAUAUGCCACAUGUAAUAACAAGCCGUGUGAGCAUGGGUCCCAGGAUUUCCGAAAACAACAAUGUGCUGCCUAUAAUGAUGCUGCCUAUGGAGGAAGAUAUUUUAAAUGGUUACCUUACAUAGAUAGAAAGAAUUCCUGUAUCUUAUACUGCAUAGCAAAGGGAACUAGAACGGUAGCCAUGUUGUCUCCUAAGGUUUUAGAUGGUACAAGAUGUAAGGGAGAGACGCUGGAUAUGUGCAUCAAUGGCAAAUGUCGGGACGUUGGUUGUGAUCACGUGCUGGGUUCCCAGUUAAAGGUGGAUUCGUGCGGUGUAUGUGGAGGAAAGAAUGUUUGUCUACAACACGGUGCUGUGGGGAGAUAUCAAUGGGUGGAGUCGGGCGUGUCUGAAUGUUCGGCCACCUGUGGUGUAGGUUAUCAGGAGAAGUUAUUUUCGUGUAAAGACAAACUUCACAGCAGAAUCGCCAAAGACCAGAAAUGUUCCAAAUCACCAAAGCCAUCUAGCGUAAAGAAACAGUGUUUUUAUAAAAGAUGUCCACCAUCGCUCAUAAUUUCUAGGUGGCGCGUUGGUCCAUGGCACGAUUGCACGAAGACAUGUGGCGGAGGGAUAUCUACAAGGAGUGUUGUAUGUAUUGAUACAUUACUGGAUAACAGGCAACGGACACUUCACUACAGUUUAUGCCCUAGUCCAAAACCUACCAAUAAGAAAGCAUGUAACACAAUGAUUUGUCCUACAUGGUAUGCUGGAGAAUGGUCGCCGUGUAGCGUAACAUGUGGUUGGGGAGUACAGAAUCGUGAUGUUGUAUGCCGGGAUGAAGGCAAUACAUUCUGUAAUGAUAGUAUCAAACCUGAGACUAAGAAAAACUGUACUACAAACUUUCCUUGUUUUGAAACAGAUGGCCGUUAUGUAGCUGAACACGAUAAAAAAGGUAAAGUAUCGUUUGAACUGCAUACCAUCCCCUUUUCUUUUAAAAGAAUAAUCCCUACUGUUUCCAGCCAUUGAUCUUGGUGGAAUCUUGUAGCGAUACUUUUGUACUCACUGGUUCAGAAAUUACGCCCGUUCGGUCUACGACGUGCCAACAUCUACCUUUACGGUAAAGUAAAUAUCAACAUUUCAACAAAAGAAUGAGAGCCAACAAUCUACCCCCCCCCCCCCACCUCCCAUAUCCCCGAUCCCCCCAAAACCAAACGACCAAAUGAUCAUUUGUACUUGAUAACGAUAAGAGAAUACUUGUCGAAACGUCGUGCUAUAUGUGUAUAAACCAGUGAUUGUAUUCCAUAUAAAUUGUGUUGUGUUUUUAAAUCGAUACAGUUGCGUAGAGUAUAUCUGUCAAGAAAUUGUGUAUCUGGCUUGAACCAAUAUAGUUGCUUGAUCAUCAACUAAUGCCCAUUGAUCUGUAUAUUCAUGAGAACCGUCUUCAUCUAACAAAGUUCUAUAUAUCUGGAAGGACUUUGUACUUUGUAUCUAUCACCGAUCAAUGUAUCUCCAUGAACACUGUGUAUGUCCAAGGAAUCUGUAUUUCCAAGGACUCCAUGUAGCUGCCGCGGACACUGUACAUUUUCAAAGACAUUGUCUAUCUGUAGGAAUACCACAAAUCUUCCACGAAUAAAAUCAAGUUUCUUCAGUGAAACAAGACUUCUUCCACCAGUCCUAAUAAAAAAAUAUUUAUAUCAAUGAAACACGGGCGUAUCAUGGAUUAUUUGCCAUUGGGAAAUAAGGGGGAGGGGGGUAUGGCCGAAUGGUUAGUGCGUGCGCGUGUUGUAUCAUAAGGUCUGUCACUGUCAUUGAGUCAGCUGGCGUGGUUUCAAUUACCCGGUUGUUCGUAACAAGUAAUAGGGUCUCCUGUCCAACCUCGUGGGUUUUCUCCGGGUCCUCCAGUUUCCCCUCCACUGCUAAAGACCCCUACGCUCAAGCGAAUUAUUGAAGUAAAAUUGAACUAUUCUCUCUCUCUCGCUCUCUCUCCCUCUCUCUCAUUGGAAAUACAUGUAUGUUUCCUAUUUAAAUAAACUGUUGUUCAUCAGCAAAUCGCACAUUUGUAAUGCAGGCAAUUAUUCAUCAUUAAAAAACAUGAAUUUCUAGAAACCGUCCCAAGGCUACACACUAUUUUUCAAGGUCAAAUUCUGGAAUGUGAAUAUUAUAAACUCCACCCGAGAUCUGGACAAUCUGUUUUAAGCAUUGCAUUAGCAUGUUAUGUUUGGCUACAAAUAGUCGCAAAAUUCAUUCAUUGCAUAUCUCAGAUAAAAAAAAUCUUUUGUAAUUAUACCCAUACAUUCUCUUUGAUAUUUCAUUGAAAAGGAUUUCUCAACCCGCUGUCUCAUAAAUGAUACACAAUCCUACAGAUAUGAGUAAAUUAUUAGCAUACCUGGAAAUGUAGACGAACAUGUAACAUCAUGUUUACAAGAUGUAGCUUAUCCAGAUUUCCGUUAUUUGACUAGUAACAGGUGUAAAACUCAUCAAUAAUCACAUAGUAUAUAUAAUGUUUAUAUUCUUACUUAUGUAUUUAUCUUAUAGUCUUUCAAUACAUAUGUAUACCA